AUGAGCCGCUCCUCAAGUCGCCUUUUGGCGACCACGAGCACCCAGCUCUCCUCCCUCCCCCUACGCACCCUCCGCCAAACCACCCGGCCCUUCUCGCAAACAUGUAGACGCAACGUCGACUCCGACCACCCUCCGUCCCUCCUGGACCAACUCCAGCGCUCGCAGCCCCAACAAGCAAAGCCCACAGCCGCCCAACCUCCGUUGUCCUCCACCAACAGCGGCGGCGGCGCCAUGGCCGAAAUACAGCGAAUCCUAGCCACAGGAGCGAUCCAAAGCGCGCGCAACCAGCCCACCCCCAACGCCUCAGCGUCCGAAGAAAUCCUAGGCUCCUCAAACAGCAAGUCGGAAUGGGGCGCGGAGCCGUUCCACUUCCACAUCUACGCGCACAAGCACAACGCGCACAUCACCGUGACAAAGCCGAACCGGGGCGCGAUCCUGAGCCUGUCGGCCGGCAACAUCGGCUUCAAGAAGGCGAAGCGCGGCAGUUAUGAUGCCGCUUACCAGCUGUGCGCGUACGUGCUCGAUAAGCUGAACCAAUGGGGGUGGCACCGCGAGAUCACGACGCUUGAGGUCGUGCUGCGCGGCUUCGGGCCGGGACGCGAGGCCGCUACCAAGGUCCUGCUGGGCGCCGAGGGCCGUCUGCUUAGAGACAAGAUUAGCAAGGUCUCGGAUGCUACGAGGAUCAAGUUUGGUGGUACGAGGAGUCCGAAGCCGAGGAGACUGGGUUAA